CGAGGUGACGGGCCCAAUGGGAGGAGAGCCGGCGCCGCCAGCUGCCGGCCGCCCCGGCCGGCCUGGCGGCCAGCGAUCUGUCGCCGGACUCGGCCGGCAGCAGCGACAACAUCGCCUCCGCCGUCACACGCGUGACGAACGGCCACGGGACGGCCGAGGCGCCGGCGCGCAGCCCCUCGCCCGAGCGGCCGGCGCCGCUGGACGAGGGCGGCGAGCGGCCGCCGGCGGUCAGCGGCGAGCCGGACGACCCGCGGCCGCGGCCCGUCUCCGACGCCUCGUCCGUGUUCGACGGCGUCGAGGAGCCGGUGCGGCGCCGCGGCAAGCUCCCGCUCUCGCCGCAGCAGCGGCCUCUGACCCGGUACAUGCCCAUCGCGGACGAGCAGUUUGAUCUCAGGCAGCAUGUCGAGUCGGCAGGUCACCAGCUGGAGAUGUGCCCGCUGGUGGUGGUGAGCAGACACGUGUGCCGCGGGUACCUGCACAAGCUGAGCUCCCGCUUCCGGUCCUGGCAAAAGCGCUGGUUCGUCUUCGACCGCAGCAAAAACCGGCGCACGUUCAUGUACUACGCUGACAAGUCGGAGAGCAAGGUCAAGGGCGGAGUGUAUUUCCAGGCCAUCGAGGAGGUGUACGUGGACCACCUGAAGGCGAGCCGCGGCAGCGCGCCCAACACCACCUUCUGCGUCAAGACCAUGAGCCGCACCUUCUUCCUGAUGGCGCCCAGUCCGGAGGCGAUGCGUAUCUGGGUGGACGUCAUCAUGACUGGCGCCGAGGGUCACAGCGCCUUCGGCCUCGGCUGAGGUCAACGGACCAGGCGCCGGGUGUGGCGUCGGUCUGCUUCUACAGCGGGCGCCGAGUGCGGCCCAGUGCGGGGGUGUGGCUCGGGACCGCUGUGUCGCCGGGCGUCGGCACGACGCGCCUCCGUGAAUUGUACGUACGUGCCUUUGUGUACAGUGUCUGUCGUCAGCUGCCAAGUGGUGUUGUGCCUUCUGGAGAGAGGCGCACGUGGACCAUGUUUUGGGUCCUGCGCGCGCGUCCCCUUGGUGAGGCCAAAUGACACCGGCGAUGUCAUUCUUGCCUUUGUAACUCAGGCGUGGCCGAUAUUUCUAUGCUGCUAGUCUUCCGCAGCCCCAUAUGUCUGCCUUUACUCACAUAUUUUUGCAUCCAAAGAUGUUUUAAAUAUAACUAAUACCGCUGU